GAAGAAGAAGAAGCUGCAUAAGGGAAGUGCCGCACUGUGCUCAGUUCAGUUCUGUAGCGCUGCGUAAUCUUGCGUGGGUUUUUAUCAGUUAAUCAGACGAAACACUUCAUUGUUUUUUAACUAUAUAUAUAUAUAUUACGGCACAGAAUGGCCACUGAUUCAGGCUACGGUGGCUCACAAAGUUAUGGAUCAUAUGGCGGCCAGCAAGGUGCGCAGGGUUAUGGUCAGGGAAAUGGUGGUGGCGGCGGCUCUUAUGGGGGACAGAAUUAUGGUGGUUAUGGACAGCAAGGUGUGACACAAGACGGUUAUGGCCAGUCUCAGCAACAGAGCUACAGCUAUGGAGGACAGGACUCAUCUGGGUAUGGGGACAAGUCGUCUUAUGGGCAGCAAGGUUCUUAUGGUGGCCAGGGACAAGGAGGAGAUGGCUAUGGACAGCGUAGUUCUUAUGGUUCCCAGGGUCAAGGAGGAGACAGUUUUGGACAGCAAAGCUCCUAUGGUGGCCAAGGACAGGGUGGCGGUGGUGGUGGCGGCUAUGGAAGAUGGAGUGAAGGUGAAGGUGGUGGUCAGGGUGGGAGGUUUGGGCGUGACCAGGGAGACCGCUCGGAAGGAGGGGGCUACAGAGGCAGAGGCCGUGGUGGCUAUGACCGUGGCGGUUAUGAUCGCAGUGGUGGAUAUGACCGUGGCGGAAGAGGAGGACCACCUGGUAUGGGAGGUGGUGACCGUGGUGGCUACAAAAAUUACGGUGGCUCUCGAGACUACGGCUCAAGGGAUGAACCAGCUGGUGAGCAGGACAACUCUGACAACAACACCAUUUUUGUCCAGGGACUUGGAGAAGAUGCCACCGUUCAGGAAGUCGGCGACUUCUUCAAGCAAAUUGGUAUCAUCAAGGUAAACAAGAAGACUGGCCAGCCAAUGAUUAACAUCUACUCUGACAAGGCCACUGGUCGACCAAAAGGAGAAGCUACAGUGUCGUUUGAUGACCCGCCCUCUGCCAAAGCUGCUAUUGAUUGGUUUGAUGGCAAGGAGUUCAAUGGCAAACCCAUCAAAGUAUCAUUUGCCACCCGCAGAGCUGAGUUCACACAGAGGGGUGGAGGAAGAGGGGGACGAGGAGGUGGUUUUAGAGGUCGUGGUGGUGGAGGUCCCAACUUUGACAUUAAGGGAGGUGACUGGCCCUGCCCCAACAGCUCUUGUGGCAACAUGAAUUUUGCACGGCGGCAAGAGUGUAACAAAUGUGGCGCACCCAAACCAGGAGAUGGAGGAUUUGGAGGUGGAGAUCGUGGAAGCAGAGGUGGUUAUGGCGGCGACAGAGGUGGUGGCUUCAGAGGUCGUGGAGGUUUUCGUGGGGGAGACCGUGGAGGCUACGGAGGAGGUGGUGGUGGUGGAGGUUUUGGAGGCGGCUACAAAAUGGGAGGAAGAGGUGACCGCAGAGAUGACAGAAGAGACCGGCCGUACUAAGUGUUGAGUAGAUGGAAACUCUUCCAGCUCCAGAGUUCACCGUGGAGGGAAGGCUUCGUUUUGGGGGGCGGGUGUGGGAGGGGGACCAGGGAAGGAAAGGGAAGGGUAUAGAUCAGACGCUCUGAUUUAUUUACCUUUUUGUAGCCAGUCCCAAAUAUUACUGCUCAUCUGUGAGUGAGGGGAAAGAUGUGUUGAGAUACUGUGACAGGGUUUUGGGGCUGGUCAGUGGUAUGUAGUCAAAAUGUUUUUUUGAGGGUUUUUUUUGUUUGUUUGUUUGUUUUAAAUUCUGCUUUUUGUUUUAUUUCUUUGUACAUCUUUUUAAUUUUCUGAUUGUAGUUGCAGAUGUUUUGUGAGAUAGACUUCAUACCAUUGUUUUGUAUGAACGGAAUAAAUGUUUUACUUGGA